AUGAGCUCCGUUGGGGUGUGGUUUCCCAUCUUCUUCGUACGCCGCCCAGGAGGCGAGCGGGCCACCACCCUGCUGACCGCCGGAGCGCGUGGACGGCUGCUGCGCACGACGGCAACAUCUGCAACGACGAGGCUGUGGCUGUCGCUAGCCAACAUGGUCUCUGCCGGGAUGCUACUGGCCAUGGCGUUACUUCACUUUUUCCCGGAGUCUCUUGGGGUGAAGUCCGGCACCAGCCCUGAUUCGGUGGCCCUGUGUGGGUGGAUGCUCGUUGGCGUGCUGAUCCCUGCGGUUCUCGAGCGAUCCUUGCAGGGUGGUGGCGCUCACAGCCACGACAUGGUGACCGACAGCGAGGAGGAGCAUGUGCACGCCAGGGGCAGUGGUAGCUCUGUUUCCGCCUCGAAGCUUCUCAUUGUCUUGAUGUGUUGCCAUGGCAUGACGGAAGGCCUUUUACUUGGCUUCGAAAAAGACGCUGCCGCCUUGCUCAGUGCAGCGGCGCCACUUUCGGUACACAAAUUCUGCGAUGGACUCGUGAUUGGCGUCUCAAUUGCAAAGCAGAUCUACUCUGAGACGGAAGAGGAGUUCAUUAACGACAGGGCCGACAGUGAGGCGUGCGCCAGGGUCAGCUACUCCCGCAAUCGCUUCUGGCGGCAGCUGUUUGAGGGCCCGGUCGGCGUGUGGCUUCUCGUUACACCAAUCACGAUGAUUUGUCUCAUCAUCUUUGCCGUGCUGUUGGGUGGUGCAGCACCACCAGGGGCACGUUCGGACCUCAAUGCUCUGCCACCCGCUGCGCCAGCGGAGCGCUCGACAGCUAGCAGGAUUUCACCGGUCUCGAUUCUGGCAGCGGUGCAGGCGAUAGGGAGCGGCUCCUUCGUGUACAUUGGUUUGACUAUUUUAAGUAGGGAGGAGCUGAAGGGCAUGGCCUCCAACGCAGCUCUGCUCGCUGGUGUCGGACUUACCGGUGCCUUGUUUCAUAUUACUAGCGGGUACCACUAG